UUGUUUUCCGCUGAGAUACUAACAUCGAUGAGCUCAGAUUGUAUUAUUAAUGUCUGGAGUACCCUUUCCGGAUAGCUGUGUUGACAUCUGCAAAAAUGGCAGCACCACUGAAUAGCUGGAGCACUCCAGAGGUCUACAAGCACCAUGAGCAGCAGAAGAUUUGCCCAUCUCGACCGAAGUAUAGGGAAGGAAGGAGACCUAAAGCAGUUAAGGUAUACACCAUCAAUUUGGAGUCUCGUUACCUAAUGGUGCAAGGAGUCCCAGCCAUUGGGGUGAUGACAGAACUUAUCCAGCUUUCGGCAUUGUACGGGGUUGUGGAGGAGUACAGGGUUAUGGAUGAGUACCCUGCCGAAGAAUUCACGGAGGUCUACCUCAUCAAGUUCCAGAAACUCACCAGUGCGAGGGCUGCCAAACGGCACAUGGAUGAGAAGAGCUUCUUUGGUAGUUUGCUACACGUGUGCUAUGCCCCAGAGUACGAAACCGUGGAGGACACCAGGCUAAAGCUGCAAGACCGGAGACGCUAUGUGCACAGGGUCGCCCUAAAUAAAGCAAAGGAAAGGGAUCAGGCGGAGGAAGAAAGCAAAAAGCCCAUGUCUUCAGAUACAGCUGCUGCCUCAGCGAGGACCUCCUGUAGUGUUGACCAGAGAUCCAGUGAUACCAGUAGCAAGGCAAUAACUUGUAGUACUAGCCAUGGCCAUUAUUUAGGAUUUCCCUUAUUGCCUCUACCUCCACAAGAGGUUCCUCCUUACAAACAUGCCCCAUCAUAUGAUCAGCCUUCUAAUUACCAGGCAAACCAAUGCAGGGCUAUUCCAACAGAGGACAAAAUGGGGUCAUUGCCCAAUGCUAUAGAUACUAAACUGCAGCAGGCCCCCAAAGUAAGCAGCACUGCCUCUUCUUCUGGUGCUGACAGAGGUGUGGCAGAAAGGAGGAAUCCACCUCACGCAGUAGCCCCCAGGUUCAUACCAAGGACCACACAUUUGGAGAAUAAAAAACGGAAAAUGGUUGAAGUGAGUAAAGAGUCACUUUUUGGCAUAGUGGACAAGAAUGAAAUCCUCAUUGGCCCAAAACUACCAGAGCAGCCUAAGAUGGAUAUGGCAGAUGAGUCGUUGAACACGACAGCCAACAUGAUCAGAAGUACAUUAAAAAAGGUUGCAUCAGUUCCUGAAGUCAAGACGACAGAGAAGACAAAACCACCAAAGCCACGCAGGAGAAUCUAACCAAUGUUUUAUUUCCUAAAACACAGAGACCCAGAGGACCUUUCAUGGAGUACCUAGAUUUUCCCCGAUCAGACAGUACUUUUUCUCAACAGGUUUUAUUUCCCUUCAGAGUAAAAAGUGUUAACAAGCUAGUAGUGGUGCCCCGAACUCUCAAGUGGAGCCUGGAAUGCAAGCUGCUCAAAUGCCAAUAUGCUCUGUGACACAAAAGAAAAAGAAACAUGUCCGAAAGCAUUAAUAUAGUCAUCAAGACGGACAAAUCACACGCUAUUUGUACAGACUUGAUUGAACUGUCACCUUGGCA